AAUCACUCUACCGUUACAAACGGGUUGUGUUUUAAAACCUUUAAACGUUUCAGGGCGCCAUAGGCAAAUAUGGGGGAAUUAUAAGCAAGUCAGCUAAACCUAUGCUGUCCAAACAUGCUGUCUAGGUAGGCAUGACACUAGGGAUUGAGACUCCGAGUGGUGUGUCAACCUGCAUACGAGACAGCAGAGAAACACACAGACUGCGUGCUGGAAAUUAAAACUCGUCUUUAUUCACUCUUUUCGAAAGGCUAGACAAAGCACCGGCCGUUUAAAGACAAACACAAAAGUGGUUUGUUAAAGCAUGACCUGCUGGUAGUCAUGUCUGUCAUGUCUGGUAAGUUAGCAUGCUCGCUAGCUGGCACUUCACUGGUGAUUUUAAGACAUGUCGCGUCCUUAACAUAUCCAUCAGGUGGCUUUCUUUAAGAUCAUAUGUCGUCGUCGUCGUCGUAUUGAGUUGAUACAGCACGCAUAAGUGCGAAGCUCCUGUGCUCAUGUUUUGUAAAUAAGAGGGACAACAGCAGCACAUGCUAACGCGCAGCUAGCCGUCUAAACUUGCCCCCAAACAUCUUAGCGAGCUGUGCUUCAACAAGUCAGAUGUUAGGACAGCUAACGGGAUGGACACACCGUCAACCCUCGCGUAAGUGACACCGAGCGACCAAAUAUCUGGAGUAAAUGCAGCAGCAUGGACUAACGGACUGUGUCGCUCGGAUAUUUGAAGUUUCAGCUUAAGUGUGUUGAUCUUCACGCGAGUUGGCUAGCAGCGCUCGCUAGCUCAGCAACCCCAAACACAGGUUAAUGUUGCUCUUUUGCCUCUCAUCGCUUGUGUCUCUGUGAUGGACAUGGAGACGGCUGUCUGUGAGCCGCUCUACCAGAACGGUGAUGUCCACCAUGAGGAGCUUUGCCCAAAGCAGCCCACCGUUCUCAGGAUCCACCUCUACCACAGCAGCCAGAGUGACGCUAACUGCACCCCUCUCUGCUACCCGCCAGGAGAAUAUGUCACCGAGCAGCUCAUCGUCAACGCUGCCAAGGAGUGCGGAGUUUCUCCAGUCUACUGCAGCCUUUUUGCGCUGUACAAAGAAGAUGAAAGUGUCUGGUUAUCACCCAGUCAUGUUCUCCAUUUAGACGAAACAGCCAAUGAGAGUUUGUUAUUCAGAAUUAGGUACUAUUUUCCCGGCUGGUACAGUUGUGGGGCGUCCCGAGCAUACCGCUAUGGAGUGACUAAAGGAUCUGAGAGUCCUGUCCUGGAUGACUAUGUUAUGUCUUACCUCUUUGCUCAGUGGAGGAGCGACUUUAUAAACGGCUGGGUGAAGUUAUCCACUGCCCAUGAGGAUCAGGAGGAGUGCCUUGGCAUGGCUGUGCUGGACAUGAUGAGGAUUGCCAAGGAGAAGCAGUGCUCGCCACUGGACAUAUAUAAUGAUAUUAGUUAUAAGUUCUUCCUCCCUAAAAACAUGAGGGAGCAAAUCCAAGACUACCAUUUUGUCACAAGAAAGCGCAUCCGCUAUCGCUUUCGGAAAGUCGUUGAGCAGCUCAGCCAGUGCCGAGCCUCAGCACGCGACCUAAAGCUCAAAUACCUGAUCAGCCUGGAGUCUCUGGACUCUGGCUUCUACACUGAAUGCUUCCAGGUCAAAGAUCACUCGGGCGAUCAGGUCACCAUCGUCAUCUCCGCAGACAAUGGCAUCCAGUGGUGCAGAGAACGACACAAAGAAACACAGUCUGAGGACCUGCAGACGUAUUGUGAUUUUGGGGAAGUUGUCGAUAUCAGUAUCAGACAAGCCAGCAAAGAGGGUACCAACAUAAACCGCAUUGUUUCCAUCAACAGACAGGAUGGAAAAACUCUAGAGCUGGUCUUCUCCUCAUCAAUGGAGGCAUUGUCUUUUACAUCUUUAAUUGAUGGUUACUACAGACUGACCACGGAUGCCCAUCACUACCUCUGCAAGGAUGUCGUUCCACCCCAUCUGCUGGAGGCCAUUGAGAGCUACUGCCACGGGCCAAUAUCAAUGGAGUUUGCAAUCAGUAAACUACGCAAGUCAGGGAACCAGAGAGGUCUGUUCGUGCUCCGGUGCAGCCCCAAAGACUUCAACAAAUACUUCCUGACACUUCCUGUCGGGGCAUAUGAGGAUGUAGAGUACAAGCACUGUCUGAUCACCAGGUCUGAAAAUGGUGACUACAAUCUUAGUGGAGCCAAAAAGAAUUUUAGAAAAUUAAAGGAGCUGCUCAAAUGCUACCAGAAGGAAACUGUGAAAUCAGAUGGUGUCAUCUUUCUGUUCAGCAGGUGCUGUUCGCCAAAUGCCAAAGAGAAGUCGAGUUUGUUGGUGUGCCGGAGUCAUCGGGGUUCAGAGGUUUCCCUGUCCUCCUCUCUGCAGAGACACAACAUCAGUCAGAUGGUGUUUCAUAAAAUCAAGAAAGAAGACCUUGAUCUUGGUGAGAGUCAAGGUCAGGGGACUUUCACUAAGAUCUUCAAAGGUAUUCGGAAAGAGCAGGGAGACUACGGAGAAACCCAUAAGACUGAAGUCAUAGUCAAAGUCUUGGACAAAGCCCAUAGAAAUUACUCUGAGUCUUUUUUUGAGGCAGCCAGCAUGAUGAGCCAGCUCACCCACAAGCAUCUGGUGUUGACCUACGGUAUCUGUGUGUGCGGAGAGGAGAAUAUCAUGGUGCAGGAAUAUGUGAAGUUUGGGUCCUUGGACACAUACCUGAAAAAAAACAAGAACUCGGUUUCAGUUAAUAUCCUGUGGAAGCUGGAAGUGGCCAAGCAGCUCGCCUGGGCUAUGCUCUUUUUGGAGGAGAAGAAUCUGGCUCAUGGGAAUGUGUGUGCAAAAAACAUCCUUUUGAUCAGAGAGGAGGAUAGGACAUCGGGAAACCCUCCAUUCAUCAAACUAAGUGACCCUGGAAUCAGCAUCACAGUGCUGCCCAGAGAGAUUCUGGUGGAGCGAAUCCCCUGGGUGCCCCCUGAAUGCAUCUUAGACCCUAAAAACCUGAGUCUUGCCUCAGACAAAUGGAGCUUUGGUACAACUUUAUGGGAGAUUUGCAGCGGAGGAGAAAAGCCACUUGCCAGCAUGGACAGUUCUAAGAAACACUUGUUCUAUGAAAACCGUCACCAGCUAUCUGCUCCCAAGUGGACAGAGCUUGCUAACCUGAUCAACAGCUGUAUGGACUACGAGCCAACAUUCAGACCUUCUUUCAGAGCCAUCAUACGAGACCUCAACAGUCUCUUCUGCCCAGAUGAUGAGAUCGUGAAGGAGAGUGACAUUUUACCCAGCAGAGCAGGAGCAUCUGGCUUAAGUACUGGGGUGUUUCAGAAUGAGGAUCUAGUGCAGUUCGAGGAGAGACAUCUCAUUUUCCUGCAGCAGCUUGGCAAGGGAAAUUUUGGCAGUGUGGAAAUGUGCAGAUAUGACCCCCUGCAGGACAACACCGGUGAGGUUGUGGCAGUCAAAAAAUUGCAACACAGCACUACUGAGCACAUCCGUGACUUUGAGCGGGAAAUCGAGAUCCUCAAAUCUCUUCAGCAUGAAAACAUUGUGAAAUACAAAGGCGUGUGCUACAGUGCAGGAAGGAGAAACUUACGAUUGGUUAUGGAGUACCUGCCUCAUGGCAGUCUGCGGGACUAUCUCAACAAGAACAAAGACAGGAUCGACCACAAGAAACUUCUGCAUUAUGCAUCUCAAAUAUGCAAGGGCAUGGAAUACCUUGCGACAAAGCGGUACAUUCACAGAGACCUGGCCACACGGAACAUUCUAGUGGAAAGUGAGUUCAAGGUGAAGAUUGGCGACUUUGGCUUGACCAAGGUUUUACCUCAAGGCAAAGAGUACUACAAGGUUAAAGAACCUGGAGAGAGUCCAAUAUUCUGGUAUGCACCCGAGUCUCUAACUGAGAGCAAGUUCUCAGUAGCCUCAGACAUCUGGAGUUUUGGAGUGGUGCUGUAUGAACUCUUUACAUACAGCGACAAGCUCUGUAGCCCACCUACAGUAUUUCUGAGUAUGAUGGGAGGUGACAAGCAGGGACAAACAAUAGUUUAUCAUCUCGUCGAGCUUUUGAAAACAGGAAACCGUUUACCCCAGCCUAUGGGCUGUCCUUCAGAGAUGUGCGAGAUCAUGCAGGAAUGCUGGGACAACGAUCCUAGUCUUCGGCCACACUUCAAGGAGCUUGCUCUCCGCGUAGACCUGAUCCGGGACAGCAGCGAUUCAGACCGAUAUACCUAAGUGCCUGCGUUUUAAGAAAGAAGCUUCACUUGCUCACCGCUGCCACGCAGAUACCCAGCCCUGAGCCUGUCCUAUGGCCCUGUCCGCUGUCUUAAUUUGAUUCUUUGUGCCAUUUACUGCAGAUCUAACCCCAGGACUUGAUCGCCUCAUCUUCUGAUGGAACAAUUAAGGUCAUUUCUAUCAAGAAUGGGUUUCUCUUUUGCUAGCAGUGCUGGCAUGCGGCCCUUUAUCAGCGAUGAUAUGACUGAAUCGUUUUCUUAAAUGCAAGAGCUGUGCAUUUUUGCAUCUACUUGUUUGUAUGUACAUAUAUAAAGAUGAUUUUAUAAUUUUCUAAAAAUGAAAUGGACUGUUUGGAAGCAGUGUCAUGUAAAUUAAGAUUUCAAAAAAAGAUAGGUUUAUUGUAAUGCAGGAGGUGUCUGAAUGAAAAGAUAAAAGUUCUUGCUAUUGUAAGUCUAUGAAUAAAAAUGCUAAUGUA